UCUUAAAUCAAAUCUGACAUCCGAACGCCCACGCCCACCAGUCCACCACUGCGGUCGUGUAUGUUCAAUUUCUGCCUGAAUCAAUUUCCAACGGCUGACUAUUAAAAACUCAAACCAUGAUUCGGCGGCCGAUCUACAACUCCUUUGCCGUGUCUCGUCACCUAACGUCUCCCCUCUCGCGUUUUCUAUUCUCUUCUUCAUCUAAAGACAGUCCCCAUGAACCGAUGGAAUCAAAUCAGAACCCUAAAUCCCCAUUCGGAUCUCCGACCCGGGUCCAAAAGCUCAUAGCUUCGCAAUCGGAUCCUCUCCUCGCGAAAGAGAUAUUCGAUUACGCCUCUCAACACUCCAAUUUCCGCCACACUCAAUCUUCUCACCUCGUCCUUAUCCUCAAACUCGGCCGCUCUAGACACUUGGGCCUCAUCGACGACGUUCUCGCCAAGCACAGAUCGAGCGGUUACCCAGUCACCGGAGAGCUUUUCACGUAUCUGAUCAAAGUCUACGCCGAAGCCAAGCUGCCGGAGAAAGCUUUCGCAAUGUUUUACAAAAUGCUCGAAUUCAAUUUCACGCCACAACCCAAGCAUCUGAAUCGGAUUCUCGAGGUCCUCGUCAGCCAUAGAGGCUAUCUCAGCAAAGCUUUUGAGGUUUUCAAGAGUGCACGGCUUCACGGUGUGAUGCCCAACACGACAACAUACAACAUAUUGAUGCAAGCCUUUUGUCUCAACGAUGACUUGAGUGUUGCUUACAAGCUGUUCGGUGAAAUGCUUGAGAGAGAUGUUGUCCCUGAUGUAGAGUCUUAUAGGAUUUUGAUACAAGGGUUUUGUCGGAAAGGGCAAGCCAAUGGUGCUAUGGAGUUACUUGAAGAUAUGUUGAACAAAGGGUUUGUGCCCGAUAGGUUGAGUUACACUACUUUGUUGAACAGUUUGUGUAGGAAGACACAGCUUAGAGAGGCUUAUAAGCUUCUAUGUAGAAUGAAGUUGAAAGGUUGUAACCCUGAUAUUGUUCAUUACAAAACGAUGAUUCUAGGGUUCUGUAGACAAGGUCGUGCUAUGGAUGCCAGGAAGGUUCUUGAUUAUAUGUCGUGUAAUAGUUGCUCACCUGAUUCGGUUUCAUAUAGGACAUUGAUUGUGGGGUUGUGUGGUCAAGGGAUGUUUGAGGAAGGCAAGAAGUAUCUACAUGAGAUGAUAUCGAAUGGGUUUUCUCCUCAUUUUUCGGUUUCUAAUUGUUUGGUGAAAGGGUUUUGCAGUUUUGGGAAAGUCGAAGAAGCAUGUGAUGUGGUGGAGCUUGUGAUGAAGAAUGGUGAAACCUUGCAUUCAGAAACUUGGGAGAUGAUAAUUCCUAUGGUCUGUAAAGAAGAUGACUCUGAGAAGAUCAAAAUGUUUAUUGAAGAUGCAAUGAAAGUGGAGAUAAGCGGUGAUACCAGACUUGUUGAUGUGGGUAUCGGUUUAGGAUCAUAUCUUUCUAGUAAGCUACAGAUGAAACGUAAGAAUGCCAGAGAUAGGAAACGUUUAUAGAUAGAUAGAUUCCUUCUUGAAGAUAAAGGUAUCUUUAUCUGCUAUAGCUGAACCUGAGAUUCGAAUUGAAUCUGAUCCAAAUAUUUGAAUUCAUAAAAUUACCAAACGGAUCCUGCAGUACGUUAGGUUGGAUAUUGGGUAUUAUCG